AUGGCGACGAGAAUGCAAGUACGCACGCGAGCCCGGCGUCGUACAAAAACAUUUGAAGCGUGUGAGAAGAUUAUCAAGGCGCGUCAAGCAGCCGUUAGCACUGAACCAGGCCUGUCCAAGAAACCGUUCAAGAGCUGA